CCUCCCUCCUCGCCCUGUUUCCGCCUCCGCAGAGCGUCGCAUCGCACGGCUCGCACCAUACUCUCCCUCCCACGAAGUCCUCCUCCUCCUCCCCUCCCCUCCCCCGCGCGACCCCUCUCCCCCGCACCCGCGAGAUCUCUCUCCCGCCAUGGCGGGGAGGGGCUACCAGGGCCGCGGCGCGGGCGGCGGCGCCGGCGCCGGCGCCGGCGUGUCCAUGGCGGUGGUGAGCACGCCCAGCCAGGAGCUGGCGCUCACCAACUGCGCCUACGUCUCCCCCGCCGACAUCCGCCGCUUCCCCACCGCCCUCGCCCUCGUCGGCGACGUCCUCGUCUUCGCCCUGCGUGCCCACGAUGCCGUUGCUACUGGAAGCAUCGCCUUGAAUGCCAUUCAGCGUCGACAGGUGAAGGUUUCGGCUGGGGAUUCUAUUACCGUUAGCAGUUUUGCUCCUCCUGAUGAUUUCAAGCUGGCAUUGCUCACAUUGGAGCUAGAGUAUACUAAGGCAAGGUCCAACCGAGCUGAGGAUCUGGAUGCAGUCUUGCUUGCCCAACAACUCCGGAAGAGAUUUCUGGAUCAGGUCAUGACAAGUGGGCAACGAGUGCCAUUUGAAUUUUAUGGAACAAACUACAUAUUCAGUGUCAAUCAAGCUUUGCUAGAGGGUCAAGAAAGUUCCACGCCGUUGGACAGAGGAUUCCUGUCAAGUGAUACAUACAUCAUAUUUGAGGCGGCUCCUAAUUCAGGAAUCAAGGUUAUCAACCAAAAGGAAGCAGCUAGCAGCAAGCUUUUCAAAGAUAAAGAGUUUAACUUGGAAAAAUUGGGGAUAGGUGGGUUAAGUUCUGAAUUCACAGACAUUUUCCGUAGGGCAUUUGCUUCAAGGGUGUUUCCUCCUCAUGUUGUCAGCAAAUUGGGCAUUAAACACGUAAAGGGUAUGUUGCUAUAUGGGCCUCCUGGUACUGGCAAGACCCUCAUGGCCCGUCAGAUUGGAAAACUGUUGAAUGGAAAGGACCCGAAGAUUGUGAAUGGACCUGAAGUGUUGAGCAAAUUUGUUGGAGAAACAGAGAAGAAUGUGAGAGAUUUGUUUCUUGAUGCUGAAAAUGACCAGAAGGCACAAGGUGAUCACAGUGACCUCCAUGUUAUCAUUUUUGAUGAAAUUGAUGCUAUCUGCAAGUCUAGAGGAUCUAGCAGAGAUGGUACAGGCGUACAUGAUAGCAUUGUAAACCAGCUGCUUACAAAGAUAGAUGGUGUUGAGGCGUUGAAUAACGUGUUGCUUAUUGGAAUGACCAACCGUAAGGAUUUACUUGACGAAGCUUUAUUGAGACCAGGACGACUGGAAGUUCAUAUCGAGAUAAACUUGCCUGACGAGAAUGGUCGUUUGCAAAUUCUUCAAAUUCAUACAAGCAAGAUGAGGGAGAGCUCUUUCCUUUCUCCAGAUGUUAAUCUUCAAGAGCUAGCUGCACGAACAAAGAACUACAGUGGAGCAGAGUUGGAAGGUGUUGUUAAAAGUGCAGUUUCAUUUGCUUUGAACCGGCAGAUAAGCAUGGAUGAUCUCACUAAACCUUUGGACGAGGAAAGCAUUAAGGUUACUAUGGAUGAUUUUGUGAAUGGACUUCAUGAAAUUACUCCCGCAUUUGGUGCUUCAACUGAUGACCUCGAAAGAUGCAGGUUACAUGGUAUUGUUGACUGUGGCAAGGCACACCAGCACAUUUUUCAGAGAGCUAUGCUUCUGGUGGAACAAGUUAAAGUUAGCAGAGGUAGCCCACUUGUGACCUGUCUAUUGCAAGGUUCUGCUGGAAGUGGUAAAUCAGCUUUGGCCGCUACUGUUGGUAUUGACAGUGAUUUUGCUUAUGUCAAAAUUAUAUCUGCGGAGACAAUGAUUGGUUUCAGUGAAAGCAGCAAGUGUGCACAGAUUUGCAAGGUUUUUGAGGAUGCUUACAAAUCUCAGUUCAGCAUCAUAAUUCUUGACGACAUUGAAAGGUUACUGGAGUUUGUUGCCAUCGGACCACGUUUUUCAAAUCUGAUAUCGCAAACUCUUAUGGUCCUCCUCAAGAGGGUUCCUCCUAAGGGCAAAAACUUGCUUGUUAUUGGAACAACAAGUGAGACAACAUUUCUAGACUCCAUUGGUAUGUCUGGUGUGUUCUCGGUGACCUACGAGGUUCCCAAACUGACAAAGGAGGAUGCUGCAAAGGUGUUGCGACAUUUGAAUGUGUUCGAUGAAGCAGAUGUUGAGACAGCAGCAGAAGCGCUGGACGAUAUGCCGAUCAAGAAGCUGUACACGCUUGUCGAGAUGGCUGCGCAGGGGCCACAAGGGGGAAGCGCAGAAGCCAUCUAUGCCGGAGAGGAAAAGAUAGACCUCAACCAUUUCUUUAGCAUCUUGAGCGACAUCAUCCGCUACUGAUCACACAUACAUUUGAGGACCCUAGGCUCCACUAUAGGAAUUUGUUUACUCCAGUUUCCCCAGCUUGCUAUCUUCACAGGGUAGAGUGGUUUGAUCCCGAGUGGCCUUUUAUUGUCACGGUUCGGCGAGAGUUGUGUCUUUGCUAUGCUUCCGUCGAUAUAAAUAUUCUAUUAUCUGAAGCCUGAGGGCUUGUUUUGUUUGA